AAGCGUGAGUUCAACUUAUCAAUCCAGCUCAGCAACCACCACCGUCAAUACAAACCCAACCUUCCCACAAGCAGCAUAACUAAAGAUUCAAGAUGUCUUCGCCGUUCUCGAUAAACGGCGGUGCCUGCGUGGCCAUGGUCGGGAAGGACUGUGUAGCGAUUGCCUGCGAUCUGCGCCUCGGGUUGCAGGCGCUGACCGUCUCCAACAACUUCCCCAAGGUCUUCCAGUACGGCGACGUCUUCCUGGGUCUCACAGGGCUGGCAACCGACUUGGCGACUGUGUCGGACCUCUUCCGCUACAAGGUGAACCUGUACCGGUUGCGGGAGGAGCGGAACAUCGCGCCGAAGACGUUUGCGAACCUCGUCAGCAGCACCCUGUACGAGCGACGAUUCGGCCCCUACUUCGUCUCGCCCGUGGUCGCCGGACUGGAGCCCAAGACCGGACAGCCAUUCAUCUGCGGCUUUGACAGCAUCGGAUGCAUCGAUUUCGCCAAGGAUUUCAUCGUGUCCGGCACCGCGUCGGAGCAGCUGUUUGGCAUGUGCGAGAGCUUGUGGGAGCCAGAUCUGGAACCCGAGGAGCUCUUCGAGACGAUAUCUCAGGCCCUUUUGAAUGCGGUGGACAGAGAUGCGCUGUCAGGCUGGGGUGCACACGUCUAUAUCAUCGAGAAGGACAAGGUGACCAAGAGAUUACUCAAGGGACGGCAAGACUAGAGGGGUGAUGAGAUGGGAGGAGGGCCUCGAGCACGACCGAUCGAUGGGCUUCCGCAAAGUCGAUAGCCCUGUCCCGGCUGGUCGGAUGUAAUAUUAUCUUCGGGGGGUGAAUGGUGGUUAAUACCAAUCAAGAGGCCUGGGCGUCACGCUGCUUUCCAUAUGAAGAUCUUGAGAGCUCCACACUGACAGGUUUGAUGGCACAUACUGUACCCAUCUCACUCGUUGUCGCUCGCUCUGUUGACUCUCUAUACGGCGCUAUUCCCACACGGGGCGGUUCAACGCUCUUCGCACGAUGUAUUUGCAUGAUGGAAGGGUCUCCAGGCAGCAUUGACAUCCGCAGGCGGAUCAAAAAGCUCGUGGCUCCCUGACACUCACUCGAGGACCUUCAACAUUGUGCUAGACAUGUGACUGUAACGGCUAGAUUGACGACUACAAAGUCUACCUACUUAUCUCCAU